AUGAAGGUUCCUGACCAGUGUUUGUCUUCUAAAUGUCAAAAUGGAGCCACAUGUGUGGGCCACGUUAACGGCUAUUGGUGCAACUGUCGUCCAGGAUUCAACGGCACUCUCUGUGAAGUCGAUAUAAAUGAGUGUGCUUCGAGUCCUUGUUUGCGUGGGGGAACGUGUCAAGACCAGGUACAUGGCUUCCGAUGUGUUUGUCCAACUGGCUUCACCGGAGUCCGUUGCAAUAAAAACAUUGACGAUUGUGCCCUUAAUCCUUGCCAGAAUGGAGGGUUGUGUUUUGAUGGAGUCAACUCCUACAACUGCUCCUGUCCAAAAGGUUACAGCGGGCAACUCUGUGAAAUAGAUGUGAACGAAUGCGCAUCAUUACCAUGUGCCAAUGGCGUCUGUAUUGAUCAAGUGGGUCAAUUUACCUGUGUAUGCGCCCCUGGUUAUACCGGAACAUGCUGCGAAAUAAACAUUGACGACUGUCAGUCCAGACCUUGUUUGAACGGUGGCUUGUGUAAAGACGUGGUCAAUUCCUACACGUGCACAUGUCGCAGAGGGUAUACGGGCGACAACUGUCAAAAUGAUACAAACGAGUGCGUAUCAUCACCUUGCCAACAUGGUGGCAUUUGCAUGGACAAUGUCGGGUUCUUUGUAUGCGUUUGUUCUGCGGGAUACACGGGAACCCGCUGCGAAACAAAGACGGACGAGUGUGCCUCCAAUCCAUGCCGGAACAACGGAUUAUGUACAGACCUUCUUUUGCAAUUCAACUGUACCUGUCCUUCGGGUUUUACCGGACGAUUCUGUGAAAAUGUUAUAAGUGCAUGCUCAUCGGCGCCAUGCAGGAACGGUGGCCUUUGUAAUAACGUUCCCGGCGGAUACAUUUGUACAUGCAAUCCGGGAUACACAGGCCAAACGUGUGGAAUUGUUAUAGACGAGUGUACGUCCCAGCCCUGUUUGCACGGUGCAAUAUGUCAAAAUCAUAUUAACGGAUUUGAGUGCGUUUGUGCUACUGGAUAUGAAGGAACGUAUUGUCAAAAUGUGACGAAUAUGUGCGCGGUAUCGCCAUGUUUGAACGGCGGUACCUGUAACCCACACACAGCCUUCUACAACUGUACUUGUCCAAUAGGGUUUGAAGGAUUCCAUUGCGGUAUAUCUGUGAAUGAAUGUGAACCACCACCGUGCAGUAAUGGUGGAAUAUGUCACGAUGGUGUCAACAACUAUACUUGUGUGUGUCGGGAUGGGUAUACUGGUGGAACUUGUUUAAAUGAAACGGACGAAUGUACGCCAGAUCCAUGUCAAAAUGGAGGUACUUGUGUGGAUUUGGUGGCGGCGUUUCGGUGUCGGUGUGUAUCAGGAUAUACCGGAACAUUUUGUGAAACAGACAUAAAUGAAUGUGAUCCGAAUCCCUGCCAAAGUGGGGCGAUAUGUACGGAUCUCGUCAACAGCUACAACUGCACGUGUAUCGCAGGAUCGAAUGGCCAGAAUUGUAUACAGUAUUUGAAAUGUGCCAUUGACCCCUGCUUAAAUGGCGCAACAUGCAUCGCGGAUUUGUGUUUCUGUGCUCCUGGUUGGACCGAUGUACAUUGUGGAACAGAUGUGGACGAAUGUGCAUCCAAUCCCUGCAGGAACGGAGGAACGUGUUCACAGACAAUCAAUCAGUACAGCUGUGCAUGCCCCAUAGGCUUCACUGGAACCAACUGCGAAACAAAUAUAAACGAGUGUGCCAGUCUGCCUUGUUUGAAUGGAGGACAUUGUAUUGACCAGAUUAAUGGAUUUAACUGCAGCUGUCAACCUGGUUACACAGGCUCCAUUUGUCAGACGGAUAUCGAUGAGUGUGCGUCUAACCCUUGUAUGAACAACGCCACAUGUUUGAACGAGGUUGCCCAUUUUGCCUGUGUCUGUCUUGAAGGAUUCAACGGCACUCUUUGUGAACACGAUAUCAAUGAGUGUCUUUCAAAUCCCUGUCAAAAUGGAGGUGUAUGUAAAGACAAGGUUAACGGAUAUAUAUGCGUGUGCAACUCCGGGUACACGGGGACGAACUGCGAGAUAAACGUUGAUGAAUGCCAUCCAAAUCCUUGUUUGCACGGAAGUACAUGCCUGGAGGGAGUUAGAAUGUUCACGUGUUCGUGUGUGCAAGGAUAUGCAGGCAGAACGUGCGAAACAGACAUUGAUGGCUGUCGGCCAAAUCCCUGCCGAAAUGGUGGAUUGUGUGUGGACGCUGUCAACAGUUUUACAUGCAUAUGUCCAGCUGGAUUCACAGGAGGAAUAUGUCAGACAGAUAUCGACGAAUGUGCAUCCUCGCCCUGUGGUGCCGAGAACACGUGCUUGGAUGGGAUUAACAGUUACACGUGUCUCUGCCGUGCGGGUUACACCGGGAGUUGCUGCGAAAUUGACAUCAAUGAGUGUGUAUCAAGCCCUUGCCAAAAUAACGGGACAUGUGUGAAUCUGGUUGGCUCGUUUCAAUGCAACUGUGGUCCAGGAUUCAUAGGCACAUUAUGUCAGAUAGAUGUGAAUGAGUGUUCCUCUCAGCCGUGUGUUAAUGGUGGAGUAUGCAUAGACGGAAUCAAUCGGUAUAACUGUACUUGUCCUCUUGGGUUUGAAGGAACUAACUGCGAAUUUGAUAUUCAGGAGUGCUCGUCUUCCCCGUGCCUUAACGGAGGGACAUGUGGAGAACAUAUCGGAUACUACACGUGCACUUGUAUUCCCGGUUAUACUGGAACCAACUGUGAACACGAUAUCAACGAGUGUCUGUCUAUGCCAUGUCUGAACGGCGGAACAUGUGGAGAUGAAAUCAAUCGCUACAAGUGCACAUGUCGAACAGGAUUUAAUGGAACUAGAUGUGAAGAAAACAUUGACAAUUGUGUUGGAAUCCAAUGUCAGAACGGCGGCACAUGCGAAGACGGUGUGAACAGCUUCCGGUGUAUCUGUCCUCCUGGUUUUACCGGGGAUAGAUGUCAAACCGAUAUCGACGAAUGUCUUUUAUCACCGUGCCAGCAUGGUGGGACAUGUCAUAACACAGCUGGCAGCUACGUGUGCAAUUGUCCGACGGAUCUGACUGGGAAAAAUUGUGAUCUAUUAAUGAACGAAUGCCUUUCAAAUCCAUGCCUGAAUGGGGCCGAGUGUAUCGUCAGGAAGGGACGUUAUGACUGCAUCUGCUUGCCAGGCUUCAGCGGAGCAAAUUGUCAGAUAAAUAUAAAUGAAUGUUCUUCCAAUCCGUGCCGUAAUGGUGGAACAUGUCACGAUGGAAUUAAUUCCUACACUUGCACAUGCACUCCCGGAUAUACUGGACACAACUGUGGAAUAGACAUAGAUGAAUGUGCUUCUGGACCAUGUGAGAAUGGCGGCUUAUGCAGAGAUGGCGUCAACCUGUACAGCUGCUCCUGUCAGACGGGUUAUAUGGGAGUUAACUGUACAAUAGAUAUAGACGAGUGUGCCUCCAAUCCCUGCAAGAAUGGAGCAACAUGUGCGAGUCUGAUCCCGGGAUUCCGUUGCAUUUGUCCUCCCGGAUACACCGGAACUUUCUGUGAUAAAGAUAUAAAUGAGUGUGUCUCAUACCCUUGCCAAAACGGAGGCUUGUGUGAAGACAGAAUUAAUUCCUACAUAUGCCACUGCAAUACUGGAUUCACAGGCAUGCGGUGUCAAACAGACAUAGAUUAUUGUCAGCCUCCUCCUUGUCAAAACAACGGUGUUUGUCGUGACGGCUUAAACAACUUUACCUGUACAUGUAAUCCUGGUUUUACCGGCCACACUUGCGGGAUUAAUAUAAACGAGUGCGUCAGUCGGCCGUGUCAGAACAGGGGAAUUUGUGUCGAUGAAAUCAACGGUUACCAAUGUAUUUGCCCUGUUGGUUUUAUGGGGCCUACCUGCGGUAUAAAUGUUUUUGAAUGCUCUUCUAACCCCUGCUUGAACGGAGGCUCGUGUAUAGACGGAUACAAUAUGUACACGUGCAGGUGUCGACCAGGAUACACCGGAACCCAUUGCGAAAUAGAUAUAGACGAGUGUACAUCUUACCCGUGCCUAAAUGGACUCUGUAUUGAUGGUUCCAAUGGUUAUACGUGCGAUUGCUUCGAUGGAUAUAACGGAACAAAUUGUGGAAUUGAUAUUGAUGAGUGUUUGUCUACUCCUUGUAACAACAACGCAACCUGCGUUGACCUGGUUGGUGGUUAUAAUUGCAUUUGUGCGCCUGGCUACACGGGAUCAUGCUGCGAAAUCGACAUCGACGAGUGUGCGUCUCAUCCGUGCAGUAAUGGUGGUCUGUGUAUAGAUCAGAUCAACUCGUUUAUUUGUGUAUGUCCUCCAGGCUACACAGGGAGGUUUUGUCAGAUUGUUAUAAAUGAGUGUGCGUCUAACCCCUGUCCACCCUCGGUCCCAUGUGUGGAUCUUGUGAAUGCCUACAGGUGUGAUUGCCCCCAAGGUUAUACAGGUCCAUUUUGCACGAUACCGGUUGACGUGUGCGCUUCGAACCCAUGUUUAAACAAUGGCACGUGUGAAGUGACUAACAUCUUUUACGUGACGUACGUUUGCACAUGCCCACCAGGAUUUACCGGAACUAAUUGCCAAAUCAACAUUAACGAAUGCCUUUCUAACAAGUGCGCAGAGUACGCGACUUGUGUGGAUGGAAUCAACAAUUACACAUGCAUUUGUCCGCCUGGUUUUACUGGACCGUAUUGCACUAUAAACAAGAACGAGUGUCUAUCCGAUCCUUGUUUAAACAUUGGCACAUGCGUGGAUACUAUUGGCAGCUACUAUUGCGCAUGCCCUGCGGGCAUGACGGGUCCUCACUGUGACAAUGUUAUAGGUGUGCCAGGAAGUGUGUGUUUAUCACCCGACGACUGCGGUUCUCACAAGACGUGUACAGAUCACGAGUGCGUCUGUGUUGAUAGUUAUGUGGGUGUGGCCGGAAAUGCCUGCAUGCAUGUUGCUGUUCUAACUAUCGUCGUCUUGGUGUGCAUCAUCUUGGGAAUAAUAGGAACUACAAUUACAAUAAUACAUCUGAGGAAUUCCGGACGUAAUGGUCAAGACCCUGUUGACGAAACGGAAAGCGGGAAAACGGGCGAUAACUCAUCAGAUGACAGUUCAUCCGAUAAUUGGUUUAAAAAGUUUUUAAAAUAUAAACAAGGAAAGACGAAGAAGUCCCAAGACGAAGCUCAAUUUCUAUGUUGUUUUGGAUUCGUGAACAAGGAGACGCAGGGGCGCUCGUGCCGAAAAGUGUCUCCUGUAUCCCAAUUAAAGUCAACGAAACUGGGCAGAAAUAUCCGUGCAGUUCAACAAGGAGUUAUGGCACAGAAAUACGAAGUUGGUGAUAAGAAAAAGUUAAUCUCGAAGAGGGACGAAACAUGUAGUAUUGAUACGAGCUUUACAUCUUCAGAUACGAGCUCAUCAUCUUCAAAUCAACCAGGACAGAUAUUCGAAGUUGGUGAUAAGAACAGAGACAUCUCUACGAGCGAAGAAACAUCAAGUUCUGAAUCGACUUCAUGUGGCUCAGACGAGUCUGUAGCAGGAGGGGAGAAAAAAAAGGCACCGAAAACGACAGUUGUUUCCAUCAUCGAGGAAAUAUGUCCAUGUUUACCUAUAUGUGAGGGCGAAGAAACAGAUUCUGGUACAAAAAAGGAUGAAGGAGAAAGUCACGAAGGAGAAACAGAUUGUUCGGGGCCGGAAGAUGCCUCCACCAAAAAGGGCGAAGAAACAGAUUCUGGUACAAUAAAGGAUGAAGGAGAAAGUAACCAAGGAGAAACAGAUUGUUCGGGGCCGGAAGAUGCCUCCACCAAAAAGAGCGAAGAAACAGAUUCUGGUACAAAAAAGGAUGAAGGAGAAAGUAACGAAGGAAAAACAGAUUGUUCGGGGCCGGAAGAUGCCUCCACCAAAAAGGGCGAGGAAACAAGUUCUGAUACACCAAGCCUGCCCAAUGAAGGUAACAACAUACCGUUCUUCUGUGAUUCAUGUUCUUCAUUGUCUGGCCUCAGUAUCACAACAUACUUUAGAUUCGACUCAACUGAACAGUUGGUCACACUAUACCAUUCUCCUGUGAUUCAUGUUGUACUCGUAAUAGCUGUGACUACAUCCUUCCUGAAGCGAAUAGAUCUCGAACUUUAG